GUCGUCGGGUAUUUGCCAGCAAAACCUCUUUUCACCUUAAACAAGAUGCGUCACGUUGCUGCUUUGCUGUUGUGUGUGCUCGGCGGAAACGCCACCCCCUCCGUGGCUGACCUCGAGAAGGUUGUGACCUCGUUCGGCGGCGAGUUCAACCAGGAGCAGGCCGAGAAGCUCGUCAAGGAGCUCGAGGGCAAGAACAUCGAGGAGGUGGUCGCUGCCGGCAAGGCCAAGCUCGCCACCGUGUCGGUGGGCGCUGCCCCCGCUGCUGGCGCCGCCGCUGGCGGUGCUGCCCCGGCCAAGGAGGAGGAGAAGGCCGUCGAGGAGGAGGAAGAGGUCGACAUGGGCGGCGGCAUGGACAUGUUCGGCGGAGACGAGGACUACUAAGCGUCGUCUUGCUACGAUUUGCCACGCGACCUGCCGCUCUCAGCGCGUCGGGUCGGGUAGUAACGUCAGCUUAAUCGAACGCGCAUGCCAGCCAUGCAUGUGACGCCAUUCGCACACAGCACACUUCU